UGUUAUCAACACGAUGGCGACUCCAUCUAUUCGCAUGUUCCGCAGGUUGGAGGGCUUGUUCUGUGUCUACAAACCUUCCGGUGUUCACUGGAAACUCGUCCGGGACAACAUCGAGACAAGUCUUCUUAAAGGUUUAAACUCUGUUCCCCAGAAGCCUUGUCCUCAGGAGGUUCGCUUCCUGGCUCAGCCGGGCGUUGACACCGAAACAGCCAGGGGACUCACCCUGUCUGCAGCCUCUGUCCCUGCUCUGUCCAACCACCCUCUGGUGACUGGACCUGAAUUCAGGCAUGUUGGAGUGGGAGUCGGACAUCGUCUGGACGCCUCGUCCUCUGGAGUUUUAGUUCUUGCAGUUGGGAAUGGAAACAAGGUCCUGAACGAUCUCUACAACACACGAAUCACAAGGGAUUACACGGUGGAGGGGGCGUUCGGGAGCGCGACAGAUGAUUUCUCUGACACGGGUCGUGUUGUGGAAAGAACCACCUAUGAUCACAUCACACUGGAUAAGCUGAACAGAGUUCUGGCAAUGCUGCAGGGAGCCAAUCAAAAGGCCUUGUUAAUGUAUUCCAACGUGGACAUGCGUUCACAGGAGGCCUAUGAGAUGGCUGUGCAGGGUCUGCUGGGUCCGGACGGCAAAUCGGUGCCCAUUGUGACAGGCCUGCGCUGCAUUCACUUCCAGCCUCCCAACUUCACAUUAGAGGUGCAGUGCCUAAACGAAACGCAGAGAUAUUUGCGCAAAGUCGUGCACGAGAUAGGACUGGAGCUGCGCAGCACGGCAGCGUGCACGGGAGUGAGACGGACCAGAGACGGACCGUUCACGCUGCAGGACGCUCUGACAUCUCACCGCUGGACGCCCGCUGGUGUCAUGCAGGCCAUCCAACAGUACCGCUCCAGUAAGAAACAAAAGACGCUCCCAGUCCCAGAUCAAGCAUCUGGGAUUACAACCAGUGGAGGAGACUGUGAUGGAGUCAUCCACAUGAAACCAACGAAGAAGCAGCGGCAGCGGGAAGAAGGACAAGACUUGAUGUUGAUGACGCUCAUGCCCGGAGGCUGCGUCUCAAUGAGUUCAUCUCAAUCGGGAAAAAAAGAGAUCUCAAAGACCAGAUAUUCUGGUUACUAAACAAGAUACUUGAUAAUAAUUGACAUGCAUGCAUUUUAUUUUAAAUGCAAACGUCGCUCCAUCUUCAGAGACCUGUGCUGUUAAUCGUGUUUUAAACACUGUGCAGGUCAUCUGGACCGGUUUACCAAAUCUUCAUAUUUAAGUGGUUUAUUUUAUUUUUUUAUCUUGAAAUAAACUGAAAAAGAAUUUGACUAAA